AACCAUGCAUGCUGAAAAGUUUAUUUUAUUUUAUCAGAAGAAUCCGAAAGCUCCGUGAAGCCGCGAGUCGGAAAGCUGUUUCGAUUUUGAGCUUAAAGUAGAUGGUGAAACUCUCCUUUCUUAACGAUUAAUGCACGAUAAUCGGAACUUUUGUUUACAGGAUCGUGAUUAAUUUUUUCCCAAAUAUCUAUUUACCUCGCGAGUUCCAAGAAGAAUCUCCCAAAGCCCCAAACCCGGAGGUUCAUACCUUCUCCUCCGAAGUUUUCGUGAUCCGGCUUGUAAAUUUUAUUCAUCUUAAAUUUUAUGAAUCAAUGUAUGGAUUUAGUGGUGAUCGUCUCUGGAGCUGUUUGCGCCCCACAUUACAGUCAACCGCAUCUGACGUUUGAAUCGUGACGAUCCUCCCUCCAUGGAUAACUACAGUACCCGCAUUACCUCUUUCUUCUCUCGGAUAUGUGGACCAACUUUAGUCGGAAGAAAGUGGGACCUGAACGUAUCAUAAAAGCGAAUGAUAGAUUUUUUAAUGCUCAGUUUAAAUAUGCAAAUAACUUCAUCAAAACAUCAAAAUAUUCACUGCUGACUUUUCUUCCGCUCAACAUAUUUGAGCAAUUUCAAAGGCUUGCAAAUUUUUAUUUUUUAUGCCUCAUGAUUCUGCAAAGUUUGCCUUUGAUUUCGACCCUAUCACCUGUCACAACUGCAAUCCCACUAUUUACAGUUCUUCUCGUAACUGCUGUGAAAGAUGGUUAUGAUGACAUCUUCAGGCAUUUGAAUGAUAAACUUGUGAAUCAAAGGAAAGUGGAGAUUUUUUCAAAAGGAAAACUAAUUGAAGAAGUUUGGUCCAAUGUUUGUGUUGGCGAUAUUAUCUGUCUGAGGAACAACCAAUUUGUUGCAGCUGACAUAUUGAUUCUAUCAACAAGUGAAUCGCAUGGCUUAUGCUUUAUUGAAACUGCAGAACUUGAUGGGGAGACAAAUUUAAAAUGUCGGCAGUGUCUUCCAGAAACUCAUCGUCUGCAGCAUGAUGUAGGAAACUUUGAUGGUGAAAUUGUCUGUGAACAGCCAAACAAUUUAUUGAACAAAUUUGUUGGAGUGCUCCAUUGGCAAGGAAAACAGUACUCCUUAAAUAAUGACAGAAUUGUCCUGCGAGGCUGCGUUCUCAGGAAUACUGGGUGGUGCUAUGGUGUUGUUAUUUUUGCCGGCAAAGAUAGCAAACUCAUGCAGAAUUCAGGGAAGACUUUGUUCAAGCGCACAUAUUUAGAUUGCUUUUUAAACAAUAUCAUAUUUGGGAUAGUAAUAUUCCUGCUUACACUGUGCUUUUUUUGCGCCUGCGCUUGUCUGUACUGGGAGCAUAACAUUGGAAUUUACUUCCGCAUGUACAUACCCUGGGAUUCUGUCAUACCAUCUGAUCCUGUCACUGGCUCUCUUGUUAUUGCAAUCGUGUCUUAUUUUUCCUACAUAAUAAUUUUAAGCAAUGUCGUUCCUAUCUCUCUAUAUGUAAGUGUAGAAAUGGUAAGACUGGUCCAGAGUUUACUAAUUAAUAACGAUGAGAAAAUGUACUGUCCAAUCAACAAGAUGUAUGCCAAAGCUCGAACAACUACUCUUAAUGAGGAUUUGGGUCAGAUCAGCUACAUUUUUUCGGACAAAACGGGAACUCUUACACAAAAUGUUAUGACAUUUAAUAAAUGCUCAAUUGCCGGUGUAGUUUAUGGAGAGAAAGCUCCCCAGCCGAAAGAAAAGAAGUGCAAAAAAGAAGUGAAUGAAGUCACAAAUUUUCCUCUAUGGUCGUAUUUUUCCCUCCCGACUCUUCUAAAAUGUUUCUUCAGUGGUAAACGCACUGACACCACUGGAUCGCCUGGAAAAAUCGUUUAUGAAAAUCUUGCUUGGAAUCAGUACUAUGAAUCUGAUUUCAAAUUCAGCGAUGCUAAAUUAAUGAAAGAGGUGCGGAAACUCAAUCCCGAAGUCACAAAGUUCUUCCAUUGCCUUGCGUUGUGCCACACUGUCAUGGCAGAAAACACUGAAGAUAAACUAAAAUAUCAAGCUCAGUCACCGGACGAGGAGACAUUAGUUCACGCAGCCCGAAACUUGGGAUUUGUCUUCCUUGAUCGCACUCCACAUUCUAUUACAAUUGAGGUAAUGGGUAGAGUCGAAGUUCAUGAGCUACUGGUAAUUCUUGACUUCAAUAAUGAACGCAAGCGGAUGUCUGUAAUCCUCAAGUACAAGAAUCAAAUCACUCUUUACUGUAAAGGUAGUGAUAAUGUGAUUUAUGAACGGCUGAAACAUAUCGACAAGUUGGCAGAAACUACGCGUGAGCAUCUAUUUAUGUUUGCAUCAGAUGGUCUUCGCACACUCUGUAUUGCUUCAAGAACAAUUAGUCAAUCUGAGUAUAAUGAAUGGAAAGAAAGACACCAAGCUGUUGUAUCUUCGACUGAAAAUCAGGCUAAGAGGCUGGAUGAAAUUUAUGAUGAAAUUGAAACGGACUUGGAACUACUUGGUGCUACUGGCAUUGAGGAUAAGCUCCAAGAUGGGGUUCCAGAAGUUCUUAGAAAUUUAGGAUCAGCGGGUAUACACAUUUGGGUCCUUACCGGCGACAAGCAAGAAACCGCAAUUAAUAUUGGCUAUUCUUGUCACCUUUUGAAUGAUGAUAUGGAAGUAUUGGUAGUGGAUGGCACAACAAUGGAAGAAGUAUCAAAUCAACUAAAGCAUUGUCUCUCGCUGAUUCAUAAUCAGAUGCCCACAAUGAAUGUGCCUGAUGCUCUUGUGAAUGGAUUACCAGUUGAGUGCAAACCAGUCAUUGACACCUCAAAUAUAGCCCUGGUCAUUCAUGGACACUCAUUGAUUCAUGCCCUCCAUCCAACUUUAGAAAAACUAUUUUUGAUUGUUAGCACAAAAUGUAGAUCUGUAAUUUGCUGUCGAGUCACUCCUCUGCAGAAAGCCAAUGUUGUUCAGCUGGUGAAAAAGUACAAGGAAGUUGUUGUUCUAGCAAUUGGAGAUGGAGCUAAUGAUGUGCCAAUGAUUAAAGCUGCCAAUGUGGGCGUUGGGAUCUCUGGUAAGGAAGGAAAUCAAGCAAUGUUAUCCUCUGACUACGCAAUAGCUCAGUUUCGGUUUCUGGAGAGACUUCUCUUGAUUCAUGGUAGAUGGUCCUAUUUCCGCGUCUGUAAAUUUCUUCGUUACUUCUUUUACAAAAAUUUCACUUUUUCAAUGUGCCACUUCUGGAUUGCAUUUCUCAACGGUUUCAGUGCUCAGUCACUUUUUGACUCUGCCUACAUCAUAGGUUUUAAUGUCAUCAGCACAGCACUACCAUGUUUGGCCAUUGGUGUGAUGGACCAAGAUGUGAAUGAAUACUACAGCCUAAGGUAUCCUCUUCUCUAUACCAAUGGGAUGCUGAAUCUCAACUUUAACCUCGGCGAAUUCUGGCAUUGUGCUCUUCAUGGCCUUCUUUCCGCAUCUGUCAUAUUACUUGUUUGCUAUGAAUCUUAUUACAUGGAGAUUACCAAUACUGGCCUAGACUAUUCCAGCACCGCUAUAUUAGGACACGCGAUUGGUAUCAUUUUACUCAUUGUUGUGACUGUGCAGGCUGGUUUUGACACUUCAUAUUGGACCAUUUUCAAUGUUUUGGCCAUAAUUUUAUCCAUUGGAGGCUACUUUUUGUUCUAUGCUGUUUUCAAUUGGGUUUUUGGCAUCCACUCUCUGUAUGAUACAUUUUUUUUGAUGGUAGAACCAAAAUUCUGGCUCAGUCUGUUGUUGGCGUUAGUUUUAGCAUGUGCUCCACACAUGAUCUUUAGAUUCAUCAUGCAAGAUUUAUUUCCGUCACUCUCAGAUCGUCUGCGUUUGCGGCAACGACUACUUGGAUCAAGUGAUGAAAUGAGGCGCCCAUCCAAUUUGGAACCACACCACCUGCAGUACAGGCCUUCAAUGAGAUCCGGUUAUGCCUUUUCUCACCAAGAAGGUUUUGGGAGGCUAAUUACCAGUGGCAAGAUGACUAGAGAGGAACCAGAAAAACCAAGCAGUGCUCCAGAAAAAUCCUGACAUGAGGCCAGCUUGGCCAAACGAAGGAAUGGAAUUACAACAAUUACAAGACCUCGUUUGCCAAGCAGUUCUUAAAAUUUCAACGUUUCCUGGUAAAUUACAUAAUGGCAAUCCUUAGAAUCACAAGAAGUAUAUUUUUAUCGUCAUUUAAAGUCAAAGCUCAUAUUUUCUUAUGCUAAAAAGAAUAUAACUGAAGAAGAGAAUCGACUCACUAUUAGAAAAUGCUUCAUCCAUUUGUGCAUACUUAGAUCUUUUUAACUUAAUUUUUGUCUUUCAAUGAGCAACAUGAUUAAAUAAGUGCACAUAAUAGAGACGGCCAUGAAACUGAUGGAAUGUUUCAGUGCAUAUUUACUACUUUUUUGAAAAAUGUUGUGAAAUGCCUUUGUAGCACUAAUGAACCAGUAUAAAUUAGGAGUUAGGUAAUUAUCAUGUUAAAUUUUGCCUUCAGGUAAAUGUUUUUGGUAGAAUUAUUUCAUUCUCCAAAUAUAGGCUCCAUUUUUUGUUUUUUAAUAAAACUGGGAAAAAUGUAUUCUCUAGCUGGUCAUUAAGAAACAAGGGCAUUAAUCUUUAUUAAUCAUUUUCUGUAGUCUGAGUUGCCAGCCAUGUGUGCAAUUUUUUUGCAACCAAAUUUUAGCCAAAUGAAUACCUUUAAAAUUCUGACUUUAUUUUUUCGAUUUUAAAUUCUCAAUGUGCAUAAUGAAUAUGAAUUGUAGAGAUGCUUGUUUGAAACUUGCAUCUAGGCUGCCUAGACGGGGACCCUAAGGCAUGAAAGACUCUGAAACGAUGGCAUGUUCAUGUGAUCUGGCAGAGCAAAUGGCACAUUUCAAUUAACUUGCUUUAAUCCUUGAUGCCUUUGCUGUGCUAAUCUCAUUUGCAAAUCAUUUUGAGACAUGAAAUUCUCUGAAUGAGAUGACCUGUGUAGUUCAAAUUUGCUUUUAGACUCUUAUCUUAAAAUAUCAUGUGCCUAACUGCCUACCCUACAUUUAUGUUCUUACACAUUUUCCCCGCAGUGCUGAAAAACACUUGAAAAAAAGGUUUAGUUUAGGUAAAUUAUUUAAAUGAACUCGAAAACCAGGGUCAGAAAAA